GGAAGUGCGCGCUCCCUAUCAAACAGAGACAUUGGCGAGAAAAAACGCACGGCGCGCAUCCGCUCGCCUCCCCAUUGACGUCACUCCGGUAUCACAUGAACGAGCCGGGACCAAUCCACACACGGUCCUAUCGAAGCACUCGGUUCCUCCACCGAGAUAGGGAGGACAAAACGAUAGAAAAAGGGGAACCAUGACUCCCAGCAUCUGAAGAACAAAUAAAAUACGGAGAACAAAACACCCCGUGGACCCUGCAUGUGGUUAUUGUUUGACAUUUUCGCGAGGAAGACUGGAAUAAUAUGCUGCGGACAGAGACGAAAUGGAUAUGCAAUGGGCCGAACGUAUUAAAUAAAGGAAAGACAUAAGGAAACGUUGGACUACAUAGAACCCUUCCUUGUUUGGACUGGCUUGUUUAAUGGCUUCAUUUCUCGCCGUCACCAAGCCUAGCCUUUUCUGUUCCACCACUGUUAUUAAACGCACUGAGGUCGAAUCACGGUGGAUCGCUUGAGCCUAUAUAUGCCAAACACUGGGACGACCAUUAGGGGCUGUUCAAACCGAACGCGUUUUUGCGCUAAACGACAAAUAGAUCGGAGCGCAGUUGUCUCGAGACGCGUUUUUGGUAGUUAACGUUCUUUUUUUUUACCUGACGCGACGUCCCUGGGAAACAAUAUAAGAAGUUAAAAAAGAACAGCGCAGACGGACGCUUAAACGUGUUUGGUGUGAACGGCCCCUUAUUCGGCAUCGAAAUCAGAAGACAUCCAUCUGAACUUAUCCAACGCCCUCGACUUUCCCUUAGCUUCAACAUGGAUUUUAACGGCAGCGGCGGGGGAAACGAAUUGCACAACAAUCAAUUUUAUCCGUCCGAAGAGAGUAAGCCGCUACUCGGAGAAAUGUCCGCGCCGCCGCCUUUGGAGGGGAAUAAUAAUCACAAAGCGGGGCCCUGCAGUAAGAGGACCCUUCUGCACAGCAGCAGCAGCGGGAUGAGAUACAAACUGCUCCAGGAGGGAGACAUCCAGGUGUGCGUGGUCAAGCAUCCGCGGACCUUCCUCAGUAAGAUCCUCACCUCGAAAUUCUUACGGAGGUGGGAGCCGCACCACCUCACCUUGACGGACAGCAGUCUGGUGUCUGCCACGCCCACUGGAUACAUGGAGGCCCCUCUGUCUUACAGCACUAUAGAAGACCUGCAGCUGUUUUCCUGGGACAAUGCCCCUAAAUACUGUGUCCAGUUAAGCUUUCCUGGAGGGACAGUCCUCCUGCAGGCUGCUAACAGCUAUCUGCGGGACCAGUGGUUUCACUCUAUACAGUGGAAGAAAAAGACCUACAAGUACCGCAAGGUUCUGAAUAACCCAAGCCGCUGGGACGUGGUACUAAAGGAGAUCAGAGCUCUGGUGGAUAUGGCCCUGACAUCACCUCUGCAGGACGAGUCCAUUCAUCAGGCCCCACUACAUAUCAUCUCCACCCUGCUUGCUGAGAACACCAACCUCAGUGCUCAGGAUCAUGAGAACAUCAUUGUGGCCAUUGCACCCCUGCUGGAGAAUAACCACCCUCCUCCUGACCUAUGUGAAUUCUUCUGCAAGCACUGUAGGGAGCGUCCUCGUUCGAUGGUGGUGAUUGAAGUGUUCACUCCAGUGGUUCAGAGGAUCCUCAAACAUAAUAUGGACUUUGGGAAAUGCCCCAGACUACGUCUCUUUACUCAGGAGUAUAUUUUGGCUCUGAAUGAACUCAAUGCUGGGAUGGAAGUGGUCAAGAAGUUUAUUCACAGCAUGCACGGUCCCACUGGACAAUGCCCUCAUCCUCGGGUACUCCCCAAUCUCGUUGCGGUGUGCCUGGCUGCCAUCUACUCUUGCUACGAAGAGUUCAUCAACAGUCGGGACAACUCUCCCAGUCUGAAGGAGAUCCGGAACGGUUGUCAACAGCAGAGUGAGAGGAAGCCCCCCAUGCCCUUGCGUCUGCUGCGGCCCGAGCCGCCUAUGCCACCCCUGACCACCACCCUGUCCCCUCCCCCAGCCCUUCCACUCUCAUCACCACCUUCCAUCGUGAACUCCAGUGAGAUCCUGGUGGAACUGGAGCGGAACAACAACUCCGCUAACACACUUCGCAAGGCCCCUGCAGAGGGUGACAGUGAGCCCAACCUGAUCGACUGUCUACUGGUCAGCCCUGCGCUCAAUGCCCUGUCCAUUCAGCUGCCUGCCCACGCCGACAGAGUGCUGGGCUGUUUCGCGCUUAUCCUCAAGAUGCUAUCAGACUAUGAUGACUGGAGACCAGCACUGGCCAGUCUGCUUCAACCCAUUCCCUUUCCAAAAGAGGCCCUUGCACAUGCCAAAUUCACAAAAGAGCUGAAAUAUGUUAUUCAGGGGUUUGCAGAGGACCCAAGACAAGAGGUCCACUCCUGUUUGCUCAGCGUGCGCUCUGGAAAAGACGGGUGGUUUCAACUCUACAGUCCAGGAGGCGUAGCUUGCGAUGAUGACGGAGAGCUGUUUGCUAGCAUGGUCCACAUCCUCAUGGGCUCCUGCUACAAGACAAAGAAAUUUCUUCUGUCCCUGGCUGAAAAUAAACUGGGGCCCUGCAUGCUCUUGGCCCUGCGGGGGAACCAGACCAUGGUGGAGAUCCUGUGCUUGAUGCUGGAAUACAACAUCAUAGAGAACAAGGACACUCAGCUACAGAUCAUCUCCACUCUGGAGAGCACCCAGGUUGGCUUGCGCAUGUACGAACAACUGUGUGACAGACAGAGGGAGCUUAAAGAACUGCAAAGAAAAGGAGGACCCACUCGACUCACUCUACCCUCAAAAUCUACAGAUGCUGACUUGGCUCGUUUGCUAAUCUCUGGUUCCUUCGGCAACCUGGAGAACCUCAGCUUGGCGUUCACCAAUGUCACCAGUGCCUGCGCUGAACAGCUCAUCAAGCUGCCAUCCCUCAAACAGCUCAACCUGUGGUCCACCCAGUUUGGAGAUGCUGGACUGCGCUUGCUGUCAGAGCACCUGGCCUGUCUACAGGUUCUGAAUUUGUGUGAGACUCCAGUCACAGAUGCAGGCCUGCUCUCCCUCAGCUCUAUGAAAAGCCUGUGUAGCCUGAAUAUGAACAGCACUAAACUCACCGCGGACACCUAUGAGGACCUGAAGGCCAAACUACCCAACCUGAAGGAAGUGGACGUUCGCUACACAGAGGCAUGGUGAACUAUUCUGCAUCAUCAAUUCUCGCUGAGAUUUCUAAAUGCAGGAAAUCGCAGACACAUCAUCAGAACACAACAUAAUCACAAACAUGGAGAAACGAGGACUGUAUUUAUAGGAACAUCAUUCAAACACAAGGACCUCCUGAUAUAUCAUAAAUGUGUCUCAUCCAAAUAUAAAGACGCUCUUUGUAGUGGCAUCAAAAUGCAAGAAUAUGUCUUGUGUGACAUCAUCAGCAGAGGAACCUUGUUUCUAUUGACAUCAUAAAGGGGACUUUUUCACUUUCAUCUGUUUGUUUGUUCUUGCCUUUUAUCUCAGACCCCUCGAAGGAACUAUGUCCCCUGUUAGUUCCUGUGUGUCAGACGUAUCUGUCUUUCCUAACAUCAGUGUCCCUUAAAACUAUGGAUUUAAUCCCUUUGUCCUUUAAUCCCAGAAGUCAAUGUUGAUUUGUCCUUCUUGAACUACACGGAGCCAUUUCCCCCGUGGUACCAGCGUCUGGUGAAGGUCUGAAUAUUCAGAGCCACAUUCCAGUACAGUUUUGAUAUCACCUCUUGUGUGGAAAGCCAAAAUUUCCACACUUUUUUUUUCUUGUCCUUGUUACAUUUGUGAUUGGUCCUUUCUGUUCAGUCAUUUUUCUUCCUCUGAGAAAUUUCUGGUGUAAAUGUGUCUAACAAUGCUCACUUCUUGACACAUUCAUCUCUAUCUCUCGGUCUCUCUGAAAAUCAUUUUUUAUCAACUUGAAAAAGCAUAUUUUUCCAUACACUGCUUUCAUAUGUGUUUGUAAAGAAAAAAAGAUGUAUCCCUUUUGGCAUUUUUUUAAGCAGACAUUUCAGGGGCUUUACUCUACAGCAAAACGGAAAAACUAACAUUUGUUUGUCAUUUUAGUUUUUCCUCCUUUUUUUUUCUUUUUCUUUUUUUGCAGCCACAUUGUACAGUGUAAUUGUGAUUUUACACCCAUAUUUAAGAGCACGUUUGUCCAGGAAGUAGUCUGGGACUACUUUGUAUUUAUGAGCCCCAUUUAUUCAGUUGCUCUGGUCUUCUUUUUUUCUUUUCUUUUUUUUUUUUUUAUCAAGUACUUUUGUCAAGCAAACUGAACCAAAAUGGUGCCUAAAAACAUUUUCUGUAAAGAUUGCAUCACCUAGCAACUCUGAGGUAAGUCAGCAUAGUUGUACAUAGAUAUACAUUAUUGACUGUAAAACCGAUUAAUAGGCUUUAUUAUUCCCUGUAAACAUGUUAUGUUUGCCUCUAGCUGUGAUAGGAGUCCACCACGAGUGUCCUGCCAUAAUGGUUAAGAUAAUGUUGCUCAUAUUUAUAUAAAAUGAACUAUCGAGCCAUGAUUUCUGCUAUGUUCAUUAUGGCUUGUUAUGCAGUUUAACCUUUUUUAUAUGUAGUUUUUUUCACUCAUGUUAAUGUCUCUCCGAAAACAUAUUGUUUAUCAUCAUUGUAAUAAGUUACAAUCAAUGUCUUGACUAGUAGAGAACUAUUUCAAAAGAGGCAGAUCUUGCAAGUAAUUACUUGUUGAAGAAAUAUCUCAUAUCUCGUAGUGAGAAAUAAAACUGUCAAUUUAAGUUACAAUUGUAACUUAAAUUGAGAAGUUUUCUUUAGAAAUUCUUAUUUUGAUCCAUGUUUACAAAGGAGUGUCUGUCUCAAUUCACACUUAAAACGAGCGAUAAAUAGACUGUGUUCCGAGUUGCUGCCCCGUCCAUGUGGCCGGUCUUGAACUUAGCAGUUUUUGAUAGGUCGAGCUUGUGUGUGCUUUAAAUUUUACACAGAAAUAGACACCGUCCAGGGGAGUUCAGUUCUUGGCGCCAUAAAUGGCUUUGGCACCAACUUGCAUUCUGCCACCUUUGGGUUGAACCUUGCGUGGUUACAUACUGUAUAAUGUACAUACAAGUGUAUAUACUUUCCCUCCACUCUCUGUCUGAUAUUUCUGUUUCUCUUUCUCUCAUGUUUUUGGGAGGCUUUUGUUGCCUUCGUUUUUUUUAAAUGAGUGCAUAUUUUGGUUUACUUCCUCCCACAGGCCAAGUGCACUGUCAUUGUCUUCAGUGGUUAUUUCUGUUUUAUUUUUUUUGGACAUUUUGAUAAGUGUAAUCCAUUUUUUUUUGUCUUUUAUUUUAUUUGCAUGUUGCAUCUGCAGAUGUUGCAUUUUGUAAUUUUAUCACGGAGAUUAAAAUAUAAAGGAUAAAAUCACUAGUUCUGAAACCAGCCCUACACUUCCCCCCUUCAACCACUUACCAUGUGGAUCAGUACACAUUUCUAAAAGUGAGAGGUGCGUGCCUGUGCACAAUGCAGCAAACUGAUGGAUUAUAGUGGACUUGUGAUAUUGAUGAAGCAAGGUACAGUUCUUCAUUUGUGAGUGGACUAAAAAAACUGCCAUUUUGUACAUUGGUGGAAACAUAAAAGUCACACUUGUUUAUUGGUCUUCAGUCUCAGCAUAUGACAGCAGACCAAUUUUCUCUGCAUUGGAAGGAAUUGAGGAGGCUGGGUUACCCCCAACCCUCAUUUUGCUAAAAAAUAUAAUUAAAAAAAAUACCACUUUUUUCUCUUGAUCCAAAAACAAUUAAGAGUGGAAAUCUAGUUUCUACUCAAGUAACUUUGGAAACCGUUUCCUCCACACUUUUCACAUUUAUUUGUUAUAUCCUGUGGAGUUAACUGUGCUAUUUUUGUUUCCAGUGUCUAACUACCAAUAUAUUUUAAUGUCUUGUUAUUUUUAGUUUUUCCCCCCUUUUUUUAAAAAGUACUUAACGCAAUGUUGAAUUGAGACCGAGUCUUAAUAUGAUGUGGGUGGGGUUCCUACCGCCCCUGUGGUACAGUUGUGUACAUACAAAUAAGAACUACAUUUCCCAUGACGCCUGGAGUUUCUUCUGUGUUUAUCUGCUUCUAUCUACAGCUGGGUUGCUGCUGCUGCUGCUGCUGCUGCUCUAUGGCUGUUGUAAUGAGAACACAACCUUCAACAGGAAAAUAAGCCUAAUAUGUGAACCAGUUUCAAUCAAAAUAAACUGUCUGAAUAUGUUUCAAAUAGAAAGCUUGGAAAGGUUUUUUUUAUUGAUAUUUUAUCUGAACAUUCACCCUUGUGAUGUUAUUUUAAGGAAGUGAGAACUACUGUUCUUUAUCAAAUAAUAAUGGCAGUCCCAUUUAAAACAAGUAACGGCAUGUAGCACUAAUGGUAUUUUGACCAUCUCUUUUACAUGAAUCCAAACAUGUGAGUACAUUGACAAAUACACACAAAACAGUAUAUAUGCAAGUUUAAAUAUCA